AGCUUGCUGGGAAUGAGGGUGAACAACGUUUAUGAUGUGGAUAACAAGACGUAUCUUAUUCGCCUGCAAAAGCCGGACUGCAAGGCCACGCUGCUGCUGGAAUCCGGGAUUCGCAUCCACCUGACGGAGUUCGAGUGGCCCAAAAACAUGAUGCCAUCCAGCUUUGCAAUGAAGUGCCGGAAGCACUUGAAGACCAGGAGACUGGUCAGUGUGACCCAGCUGGGGAUCGACAGGAUCGUGGACUUCCAGUUCGGAAGCGACGAAGCCGCUUAUCACCUGAUUGUGGAGCUGUACGACAGGGGGAACGUUGUCCUCACGGACCACGAGUACAUCAUCCUGAACAUCCUGAGGUUCCGCACGGACGAGGCGGACGACGUCAGGUUUGCCGUGCGGGAACGAUACCCCGUGGACAGUGCAAAAGCUGCUGUGCCCCUGCCAACCUUGGACAGGUUAACUGAGAUAAUAUCAAAUGCACCCAAAGGGGAACAACUGAAGAGGGUUCUUAACCCACUCCUUCCUUAUGGGGCCACUCUCAUCGAGCAUUGCCUUAUAGAAGCUGGAUUUUCUGGCUCUGUCAAAAUAGAUCAACACCUGGAAAAUAAAGAAAAUCUUGAGAGAGUGCUCUCAGCUCUAGAGAAAGCAGAAGAAUACAUGGCACUAACUGACAACUUCAGUGGAAAGGGAUAUAUUAUCCAGAAAAGGGAGAAAAAGCCAAGUCUGGAACCAGAUAAACCAGCAGAAGAUAUUUACACAUAUGAGGAAUUUCAUCCUUUCUUGUUUUCUCAACAUUCAAAAUGUCCCUACUUGGAAUUUGACUCAUUCAAUAAGGCAACUGAUGAGUUCUACUCCAAGCUGGAGGGACAGAAGAUUGAUCUGAAGGCCUUGCAGCAGGAAAAACAAGCAUUGAAGAAACUUGAAAAUGUCCGUAGGGAUCAUGAGCACAGACUGGAAGCUCUUCAGCAAGCUCAGGAAGCUGAUAAGCUGAAAGGGGAGCUCAUAGAGAUGAACCUGGCCGUGGUGGACAGAGCCAUCCAGGUGGUCCGGAGUGCCUUGGCCAACCAGAUCGACUGGACCGAGAUCGGGGCCAUCGUUAAGGAAGCUCAGGCCCAGGGAGACCCCGUGGCCAGUGCAAUCAAAGAGUUAAAGCUUCAGACAAAUCACAUCACCAUGCUGCUGAGGAACCCAUAUGUGUUAUCUGAAGAGGAAGAGGAGGAGGAGGAUGCUGACAUAGAGAAAGAAGAAACAGAAGAACCAAAGGGAAAAAAGAAAAAGAAUAAAAACAAACAGCUGAAGAAACCUCAGAAGAACAAACCCUCGUUGGUUGAUGUUGAUCUCAGUUUGUCUGCCUAUGCCAAUGCCAAAAAGUACUACGAUCACAAAAGACACGCAGCCAAGAAAACUCAGAAGACAGUAGAAGCUGCAGAAAAGGCAUUUAAAUCAGCUGAGAAGAAGACAAAGCAGACACUGAGGGAAGUUCAGACAGUCACCACCAUCCAGAAAGCCAGGAAGGUCUAUUGGUUUGAGAAGUUCCUGUGGUUCAUUAGCUCUGAGAAUUACCUGGUUAUUGCUGGGAGGGAUCAGCAGCAGAACGAGCUGAUUGUGAAGCGGUACCUUAAACCAGGGGACAUCUACGUGCACGCGGAUCUCCACGGAGCCACGAGCUGCGUCAUCAAGAACCCCUCAGGGGAGCCCAUCCCACCCCGGACCCUGACAGAGGCUGGAACGAUGGCCCUGUGCUACAGUGCAGCCUGGGAUGCCAGGGUGGUCACCAGUGCCUGGUGGGUCUCCCACAACCAGGUUUCUAAAACUGCACCCACAGGAGAAUAUCUCACUACUGGGAGCUUCAUGAUCCGAGGGAAAAAGAAUUUCCUUCCACCUUCCUAUCUGAUGAUGGGCUUCAGCUUCUUGUUUAAGGUGGAUGAAAGCUGUGUCUGGAGACACCGGGAAGAGAGGAAGAUCAAAGUCCAGGAUGAGGAUCUGGAAACGGUGUCCAGCAGUGCCAGUGAGCUGGUGGCUGAAGAAGUGGAGCUGUUAGAAGGAGGAGACAGCAGCAGUGAAGAGGAAAAAGCCGAGUGUGAGGAAGCUCCAGAGAACGUGGAGGCAGCUCCAGAGGAUGUGGAAGCUCCAGAGGAUGUGGAAGCAGCUCCAGAGGAUGUGGAAGCCCCUCCUGAGAGUAACCGUGAUGAGGGUGUUGCUGACCUGGAGCAGGGAGGAGGAAACACACCUCCUGCUCCAGAGGGGGACUCUGAGGAGGAGGAGGAGGAUGGAGAAUCCGAAGAUGAAGUGGAACCUCCGGAGCCAAAGGGAGGAGGGAAGGAGGAGGAGGUGAAUUACCCAGACACGACAAUCGACCUGUCACACCUCCAGUCUCAGAGAUCCCUGCAGAAAAGCCUUCCCAGAGAGGAAGAGCCCAGCUUGAGUGACAGCAAGGCCCAGGGGCGAAGGCACCUCUCUGCCAAGGAGAGGAGAGAAAUGAAGAAAAAGAAGCAGCAGAACAACUCUGAGAACUCGGAGCUGCCUGAGGAGAAGCAGAAGGAGACGGAGACACAGCCUCCCCCUGCUCCCAACAGCAGCAAGGGUGUUCCAGCCCCUCAGCCCAUCAAGCGGGGCCAGAAGAGCAAAAUGAAGAAGAUGAAGGAGAAGUACAGGGACCAGGACGAGGAGGACCGGGAGCUCAUCAUGAAGCUGCUGGGGUCUGCAGGCUCCAACAAGGAGGACAAAGGGAAAAAAGGGAAGAAGGGGAAGACAAAAGAAGAGGCAGCAAAGAAGCCACAGCAGAAACCCAAAGCCCCGCGUCGUGGAGCAGGAGGGGGCAAGGACACCCUCCCAGCAGGAAUCCUGCUCCACGAGGCACAGGACCCAGCCCUGGAGGAGCAGGAUGAGAAGGAGGAGCAGGACCAGGAUCAGCCGGGAGUGGAGGACGGUGAGGCCCUGCUGGACUCCCUGACUGGGCAGCCCCAUCCUGAGGACAUCCUGCUCUUUGCUGUCCCCAUCUGUGCUCCCUACACAGCCAUGACCAACUACAAGUAUAAAGUCAAGCUCACUCCGGGCACCCAAAAGAAGGGCAAAGCUGCCAAGAUUGCCUUGCACAAUUUUAUGCAGUCCAAAGAAGCCAGUGCAAGAGAGAAAGACCUGUUCCGCAGCGUGAAGGACACCGAUUUGUCAAGGAAUAUUCCUGGUAAGGUGAAAGUGUCUGCACCUCAUCUCCUGAACAGGAAGAAGAAGUGAUUCCAUGCUGGGGGUUCUCACCCCCAAACUGGUGCAGUCAGGACCAGCACCUGGAGCUGGGACAGACGGACACAGACCCACAACUGGUGUUACUGGGACUGAAUUGCUUCCACAGGGCAGGGCAGCAAGGGCCAGGUCCUGCAGCGUGGUUUAGAUGGACUCUGAUACCAAUAGCAUACAAACAUGGAAGUAAACUGCUGGCAUUUGGUCAGGAAUGUCCUCCC